AUGAGGACUGAAAGUAACAUAUGGCAACAUAAAGCUCCAGCUGACUGUAGCUGGUAUUGGAAGAAGCUACAUUCUCUCAAAGGCCUUAUGGAGAGUUGGUAUCAGAAUAGGGAAUACACACUAACUCCCAAUGGUGCUUAUUCAAUGACAAAGAGCUACAACAUGUUACUAGGGGAGCAGGUGAGAAUGCAGGAAUCCGGCUCAGUAUGGACAACAAUGAUGCAACCCAAGCAUCUGUUUAUCAUCUGGUUAGCCAAUCAAGAUAGGUUGCUAACAAAGAAAAGGCUUCUCAGGAUAAAAAUCCCAGUGGCUAAUGGAUCAUGCAGCUUAUGUGAUCAAGGAAGAUUAGAAACUCAGGCACAUCUAUUUGCUGAAUGUUCAUGGAUUACAGCACCUAGGAAUGGAGUGUCUAUAUGGCUAGGAAUACAGCUCCAGGAAAAGGGCAUCAGAGAGAGCCUACAUUGGAUACAAAGAAGGAACUGGAAACAAGUUCAAAAAGAAAUGGUCGCAGCAGUGUGGGGAGCUAUGAUAUACCACACAUGGCAAGCUAGGAAUUGGAGAAUCUUUAGGAAUAUAACUAUAAAUAGAGAGUUCACAAUAGCAAAGAUACAACAAGAAGUUAAGAUUAGACUAGAUAGCAUGAGGAAUACAUGUAGAGCCCGUAAAUGUCAAUAUUUGUUUACCUGGAUAUGA